GCUUCGCUUUGCAUGCGUUCGUACUUGUGUAGCAGACGUCAAAUCGUUCAGAAGUACGAAAAGCCGUAAUAUACGCGACUGCAAUCGGACAUAGCGAACACACAUCGCAAAAGUAUCAAAAAGAAGAUACUAGGAAAAAAAGUGCUCAAGUUUAGAAUCUCAAUUAGCAUUCACUUAUACUUCUGUUUGAAUUUUCGAAAAAAAACCAAUCCGUCCGUUUCGUUGAUUCAUCGAAUAGAUCGAGUGUGUGUGGAGAAUUAGCAGCAUAGAAGACUACAAUCGAUCGAUUGUGGAAAAAAACCCCGAUCAGGAAAAGAAAAAUCGAACAUGUCCCCAUUAAAUCUUCGGAAUGUCCUAUUGAUGUUUACGGUGAUAUGCGUCUCCAGCCUUCUGGCCACCACCAGUGGGGACGAGAUGAUGCCGAGAAGUACUGAAAAAUCAGUUUCAGGAUUGAAUGACAAAACAACCCCUCCGCCAGAACCAACAACUCAUAAUGAUACCACAACUGAUCCUACAACAACAACGAAGAGUCCAGACACAACCACGGAGAACGCUAACACUACCUCGACAACAACAACUACUACUACUCCUACUACCACUCAUGCACCGGAUACAACUACGCAGGCACCCAACACUACAUCUACCUCACCUCCUUCUACCACAAGCACGACGACACCAUCGCCGAACAAUACUACAACCGAGGCGCCAAGCACCACCAGCACCACUCCGAGUCCCUCCACAACAACAGUUGCGCCAUCGCCGGCUCCCCAUUGCAGACAUUUCGAUGGAUACUCGUUCGUAGGUGGCAUGAUCCUCGCGUACGGCUCGCUCGCCAUUGCUCUAGUCCUGUGGAAGUUCUACAAGGCCCGCACCGACCGGAACUACCACACGCUGUAAGUGUCGUCUGAAAGAGGAGUCACCACCAGCAGCAGGUGAAGAAGAUAAGCUCGAUCUUAGAAUACACACAUUACACAAUACAAAAACACACACGAAUACACACACUGCUCGCAAAGCUGGGCAGAAAGAUCUGCGAUCUGCGUCACUUCAACGCAUCGUUCGUUAAAACAUGAUCAAUAUGUAUACUUUUUUUUUGUUUAUUAUUUCCCACUGAAUUAAACUGGACUUUGCCAAGGAUCAUUGUCAGUUUUCUUUUGCGAGGUGAUGCUAUCUCGAGUUGCUCAAAUGAACGAAGUAGAAUAGAAGCAAAAAGACAUGGAAUCUCUUGAGAGUAGAAAAAAACCUAUUCCUAGAUACGAAAGUUACUCAUUCGAAGAAACCACAACAAAGUUACUUGAAUUACAGAAAUAAAAAGUGCAGCAACGAGAAUGUCAAAGAGAACCCUUGCGAAGUUUUGUUUUGUUUAAUAUUUUCCGCAUUUUGCUGAGUUCGCCCGCGAGCAAAACGUGGAGGCAUGCGUGCAUAUCACCAGCAGCUGCACGCGAUAUCAGAGCGACGUGGUUCCCUCACUUCAUGCAACCCUCAGCUGCAUUAAAUAUAAUAUGCAUUUACUUUGGACCGUCUGCACCAUUAUUGACAUAUCUUAUCUGAAAGCGAACGCGCGAACAAAUUGCAUUGAUUGGUAAUAGAAUGUGCCAGUGCCGAGCAUGAGCAAAGGCAAAUUAGGCUAACAUCAUUCUGUAAAUAACUAUGAGCCAAAAAACAAUGAUUAAACAAAAGCAAACAGCGAAGAGCUAAAACAUAUUUUAAAUGAAUAACUAAACUCAGUGCACUGUUAAACGGCGUCCACACAUACAUAAAAACACCGAAAGUUUGAACUGAUCGCGGAAAGAACCAAAUGUCCAAAAACAAAAUAAAAAACUAACAAUUCGUUACACUGAAAGUCUGAUGAAUAUCCUGAAUAUUCAAAAUUGUUGAGAAUACGGAUAAAGGAAGCGCGAUAUACGCGUUCAAUCGGAAGCAAACAGAAUCAACCAAAAGGAGAAAAUACGUGCAAACAAAAAUUCUCAUAAACAAGGAUAGUGUAUGAAACAACAAAUCACGAAUGGAAGGAAAGUGCUCUUAACACAAAACACAACAGAUCCACUGAUGAUCAAUCCCGCUCUCGGAGCUUCUAAACAUUACCAUAGAGCGACGAUCUAAACACGCGAAGAUGUGUAAGUUUCUUUUCGGCUGAACACAGCUGGAAUCCCCCCGUUCUUAGCGAAACUACCAGUGAAGCAAAAAAUAAUGAUGAUAAAAUCUACAGUGGAGCGCGUGGAGCAAAAGGCCAAAGGGGAAGAACAGUGUGAAAAUUUAAGUAUUAAUUUUAGUGAUUAUAAUUGGCAAUAGGACGCGUUUCUGGUUUGUUUUUCGUUCCAUAAAAAAAAACGGAUCUUUAAACAUAAUGGUUCUGUAAACUAAUUUGGGACAUAAACGGAAACCAAGAAAUUGAAAGUUUUAGGGAAAUGUAUGAUAUCUAUUUAACGAUAUUUUUUUUUUCAUUAGCAUUAUACUCUUCUUCAAAUAAGUAAACGUUUCACUUGUGGUAACCAACUGGAUAUAUUUUCUCGAACAUGUAUGUUUUAGAUGUCUCUAGAUUACAAUUCAUGACCUGCAACUUGUAGUUUUACUACUACCUAUACACAAACACACACAAUAACACAGUGACAGAAAUUUCUCACAGAAUGCGUGUUGUUGAUGGUAAAACCGGAGGUUAUAGCUGAAUAAAUUUUCCUAAUAUCUCCUGA